CUAAUGAUAGUGAGAGAAAAAGAGAGAGAGAGAGAGCACAGCACAGCAGAGAGAGAUCUGAGCGUGUCCCGGAGCAGUCGGAAAACUCACACUGAGAAGACCUGCAGCCAUCUCGGCUUCUCUGAGGUUUAUGGGACACAGGACCACAGCAAAUAAAGGAAGGCGGGCCAUACAGGAGGGAGAGAAAAUCACCGGGGCUGAUAAGUAGGGUCCAGUUUGUCUCCAUCUCUCUCUCCGUCAGCUCUCUCGUUCAGCAUGGAGCCCAACAGCCCUAAGAAAAUUCAGUUUGCUGUUCCACUCUUCCAGAGCCAGUUGGAUCCCCAGGCGGCCGAGCAUAUUCGCAAACGCAGACCUACUCCAGCCACAUUGGUCAUCUACAAUGAGCCCAGUGCAUCAGGAGAUGACAAGCAGACUUCAAGCAAUCAAACAGAGGCCCAGAGUGCCCAGCUGUCUCCAGCCCAGAGGAAACAGAGCGUCUACACGCCACCGACCAUGAGAGGUAGAGAGCACAGCGAUAGCCAGCAAGAGGAACGAGAGAGUCAUCAUCCUCCGAGACUCUCUCAAAAACACCUGGACACACUGUCUGAGGAACCCGGAGACCUGUCACCACGACGCAAAGACACACCGUACCAGCACCAGCCACCCUUCGUCCCUGGGGUAAAGAUACUGAAAAACCAGACAGACCCAUCUUCACUUUUCCAGGAGGAAGAGGAGAACAGUCAGGAGGAAUGGAAAGACAGGCAGACAGAGUAACACUGCUUGAAUUACACGAGGAAGUGACGUCAUUUAUAAUACUGUUUUGGGAACUGUUUUUUUUUUUUUUUUUUUAGUUUAUUUUUAACCUUUUUUGUUUUUCAAAAUAGUUUGAGAGCAAAUGUCACAGUCAUUUUUGAAUGAAUACACUUACGCAAUUUCACUCCACAGUACUAAGAGGUCCAAAUGUUGAGACUGCAAACUUUUAAACUUUAAUUUAUGAAGCUUAUAUAUAUAUAUAUAUAUAUAUAUAUGCAAAAUAGAGGCUUUUUUAGUAGUGAUCUCAAACUUUUUUGUCCCCACUGUACAUUCUCUCAUAUUGUGAUUUAUUUCAUAAAAUUAACUUUCAUGUAGUUGUAUUUCAUCAUGAGUUGUAAUAUAUAUAAGCGAAAGAAAACUCAUGCUCCGCAGAUGAUUUAGCAAUACAUGGGGAGGAUUGCGAAGCCAAUCACAUCCUGCCACAUUAUUUUUGAUCACCUCAUGUGGAAAGAGCUCGGGGCUUUGAUGUAACUUUCUCUGACAGAAGCAAUAUUUUUGUAGGAAUAUGGCUGUUUUGUAUGCAGACGUGACUCUGAAUUCCCACACGGCUGUUGUACAGCCUACCGGCUCUCCAACAUGAGUGUCUGAAAAGUGGGCAUUAUACAUGGAGUUGAAGCUUGAUACUGUACAUGCUAACAUUAUUAGAGUAUUUUAGAUCUUCUGCAACACACAAGCACACACACACAAAAAUAAUCAGCUUGCAUUAAUGUGUUAUAAUACUGUCAGAAAGAGAUGUUUUUAUGAAACAUAAAGGGCAGUUUUAUUUUUUGUUUGUUUGUGUAAAUGCUUAUGAACAGAUGAGCGCUCUUUAAUAGUACUCUACUAAUAUUUUUUUGUAACAUUAAAUCUGUAGUCAAUUUGUGAAAAAAGUAUUUCCAAAAAUAUAUUGUAUGAAUUACAAAAUGUACAUUUCAACAUAUCAUUGUUGACUUUAGUAGCAUAAUUAUAAAGAAAGUAAACAAUUAUAGGCGAAUCUCACAAAAACUGUUAAGAAAUGUAGGUACAUUUCAACCAAAAAAAAUCGAAUGUAGUUUUUUUUUUUUUUGCAUGAUUUCAUUUUCAUUACAAUGAAAAUCCCCUUUAUAAUUCGUAUUAAUGCAAGAAAAAGUGAAACUGUACAAUACAUCUGUACAUUUCUAAGUUUCUGUUUCUAAGUCUUCUUUUUUUGUGUGCUUAAAUGUGCUCAAUUGUAAUGAAAAUGAUAUCAAUGAAAAUAAAUGAAUAUGGUUCUCGAGACAAUUUUUUUUCUUCAUGAGAUUAAUCCUUAUAAAACAAUUCUUUAGAUCAGCUUCAUCUGAAAGGCGUUGAGGAGUUGAUUUCAACAGAUAUUCCACGUGUGUUUCUGUCAUCCCUGACUGAUAAAUGAAAUGCAGUAUUCUGUUUUUUUUAAGCUUUUCUGUUUAAUAAACUAUAAAUAAACUUACUUUCUACAAUUUAACAGAC